UUUAUGCUUUUAAAUGCGUGAGUCCACAUGGUUUUAGUCCAUGUAUUUGAACUAAGACAAAAGAAAAAGAAACUAUUCAAUCUAUUUUGAGAAACUUUUCAGACAUGGCCAUUUUAGGUGUUCAGCUUGUUGUGACUAUGGUCAUGGCUAGUGUGCUAAAUAAAAUAUCUGCGCAUUUUUCAGUAGCAAGAUGGUUCUUAUCACAUCGUUUAAUUAGAUAUCUUCAUCCAACAGAUGAAGAAUUAUUAUCAGUUGCAGGAAUACAACGUAACUCUGGCAAACCAAAAGGAAAAAGGAGUAAAGAUAGAAAAGAAGAAACCUCUGAUGAAUUUUUGAUUCCUAAAAAUAUUGAGCUGCAGCUUGAUGCUACGGCUGUUCACCCACAAGACAUGAUACAACUUCAUUAUUAUUCAGAGUACCAGUGGCUAUUAGAUUUUGCUUUAUGUGCUCUAAUUGUAUACAUCUUAACAGAAGUUUAUUAUUAUUUGGUACCUGUGAAAGAUGAAGUGAAUUUAAGUGUGUUAUGGUGUGUUCUUGUUAUUGGAUUUGCAAUAAAGAUAUUACUUUCUCUAACUGCACUGUAUUUCCGAGGAGAGGAAGCUGUGGGAGAGCGUUCACUUUGUUUAACUGCAGGGUUCUUGUUCUUCUUCAUUGCAAUGGUAGUACUGAUUGCUGAUGAGGAUGUUCUGGAGUUUGGACUUGAACCAGCCUAUUCGAGCUUCAAUGCAAGUGCUCACAACUUUUUAAAGGAUCAAGGCCUUGAUUCCAGUGGACCGGCAUCUAAAUUGAUGUUCAAACUAAGUCUUGCUUUGUGGUGUGGCUUGAUUGGGUGCUUUUUUACUUUUCCGGGUCUGAGAUUUGCCAAAAUGCAUAAAGAUGCCCUGAAAUAUUGCUCUGAAAGACCCUUCCUGAAAAUGCUUCUGCAUCUUAGUUUCAUAUCUCCAGUGUUUGUCGUUCUGAUGUGGGUUAAACCAGUGGCUAGGCACUAUUUUACGGAAAGAACAUGGUCUGGAAUGACUGGAACUUUGUUAACUCCAGAUUCAUUUGAAACAACUCGUUUAGUACUAAUGGUAGCUACUGUGGGAAUUAGAUUCUUUUUGAUGCCUCAUUAUCUUCAGUCUUACUUGAAUAUGGCUCCGGAAAAAUUGAAGGACUUAAGAAAAGAAGCUGGAAGAAUUAGCAAUGUACAACUUCAAAAAAUGAUUGCUAGAGUGUUUUACUAUUUAUGUGUAGUCACACUGCAGUAUUUGACUCCUCUAAUGCUGUGUUUGUUUUCGACGCUGCUUCUUAAAACAUUAGGUGAUUACUCGUGGGGCAGCUAUUUUGGUAUUGAGGCUAUAGUUGAAGAUACCAACACAACUUCAAAAAUCUCGUCUUUGCCCAUGAGUGGCGAUAUAUUAGAAUCUAGUCAACAAUUUUCACUUACACUACUUAGCUUAAAAAGGGUUUUCACUCCUAUUCUUUAUCGAGGAAUUUUAGGAUUCAUGACGUGGUGGCUAUGUGCUGUUUGGUUUGGCACCAGUGCAAUAGGUCUUAUUUAUUAUUCAUAUUGUGUGUGAGACUAUUAUGAUGAACUAUUGUAGUCUGAUUGGACGAAUGUUUCUACAGUAUUUAUAAUGGUUUUCCAUUCAAGAACUUGAAAGCAUAAGAUGUGCAAUCAUGCGAUGCUUUACACAUGUUUUAAUCAUCUGACAGUAAACAGAGUAACCACUGCAGUUUUAGCUACUUCCUACCACUCAAACAUCAGCCUUAUUCAUUACCAUAUUUUCCUGCAUAUAAUUCGCAGAUUAUUUGCUAAAGUAGGCGAAGUUUAUGAGGUGCGAAUUAUGCGCAGCCGUGGAUUAUCUGUUUUUUUUCCCCCGCAACACCUACGCAUUGAACCUCAAUAUUUUUACAGUAGGAUUCACCAAUCGAGACCGUACGCCGACUGAAUGUUGUUUAUUUUACAAAGCAUGCAUGUUCUUCGCUGCCUGCCUGUAUGUUGGUUAUUUUACGUUGCUUGAAUGUUCCCCUUGGAGAUUCAGGUCAUAUAAAAUAAGCAAGAUUACAGUGAAAUAGGUAGCCAUUUGCACAAAUUAGACCAUUUGCUCCUUUGUCGUGACUCUUUGUUUUUCAAAUAAUUAGCAUACUAUAAUCAAGAUUUUAAGAAGAAAUCAUAUUUUAGAUCAUAUUUCAGAUUAAUUUUGGUUAUGCCUUCAAAGUAAUUACUUUUUCACGUUUUUAGUUUAGUUGCUCAAACGGUAUGUUAAAUUCAAACUUUAUCUUUUUACAUUGUAUUAUCUGCGGAUUAUACGAAGCUUUUAUUUCUUCAGGCUGAUUUUAGGACCUGCCGAUUAUAGACCGCCCGUGGAUAAUAUGCAGGAAAAUACGGUACAUUAGUUAAUUAUUUAUUUGAUAGAUACUCCCAGUCAUUUUUUCUGGCAACAAUGUUCAUCAACUGACAUCAUUCAUAAAAAAAAAUGUGUGUGUGUUUUUUUAAUGGAUGAUGUCAGUGUUUAUUUCACGUGUUUCUGUUCAUAAAUAUUUUGUUUUCGUAGCAGAUCUUAGUGGGUAUAACUCAUUUUCAUUUUGAAUCAUUUUUUGGGCAUUUGUAUUAACAUUUGAGUGGACGACUUCUGAUCUCUUAUUUCAUAAGUUAUAACUUGUGUGUUGUCACUGUGAGUUUGUUAUUGAACAAACAUUUUCUUACUGAUCAAAAGAAAACAUUGUUACAUUCUUUACAAUGUUACAGAAUUUCAAAAACAUAUUGUUUGCAUUUGAUGAGAAUAAUUUUAGUUUGCAGGAAACUUUCUAAAAUUUUUGCAUUUAUUGAUAUUAUAAUUCAAGUCUCAGACUGUACAUGUGUAUUUAUUUGCACAUAUAAGUGCUUGUAUCAGAAAAUUUAUAUUUUACACCUGCAUACUUGAAAUUAAAAACAUAUUCAUUGGGCUGGAGUGAGUGUCCUUCUUAUUCUAGGCCAGUGGUUUCCAAACUUUUUAUACCUGUGCCGCAUUUUUUUUCAUGUAGAGAUAGUUUUGCCCCCUUUCCUUCAAUUUUCAUACUAAUCUAACUUCAAAAAUACUAUCCUGGUGUCACAAUUUAUUGAAUGAGUUAAGUAAAAAAAAUUUAAAAAGCCAUAUUUCAUUUGUUGUAGUUUUUAUGCAUCCAAACGUAUUAUAUAAUUGUAUCAUAAUUUGAGUUCUGAUAACUUUAUGACAUUGAACAAAUUGCAGAAAAUACAUGUUAAUAGGAGGAAAAACUUUAUUUUGGGUUAGAAAUUGGCUGACUGGAAGGAAACAAAGAG